ACGCCACUUUUUGGAGUGGCAUGUACGUUCUACUUGUCAUAUAUGCCCAUCACGGCUCGACACAUUCACAAGAGUCUGUGACCAGAUAUGGCUGCUGCAGCAAUCAUCUCAGCGCCGGUCGCACGGGCGGCGGCGAACCGUCUACUACAUCCUUGCUGCGCCGUCGCACGCGCUACGAAUGCAUCCUCUAGCCGGCUAGCCGGCUCCCAGUCGUCUAGCCGCCGGUGCUCGUUUGCAGCCGUUUCUGGCGGGCACAGGAGCAAUGAGAACGUCUGUGGCUGCAGUUGCCGGAGGGGAAUCACGGGGAGCGCCGGUGCUUGCGGAACAGCGCCUAGGCCUGUUCCGCGCGCGCUCGCGCAGGAUUCCGCCGGGAGAGCUGUUGCGCCUUCCGCGAAGCACUUCCCCUCGAGUAUUUGGUCGCAAAGUCGCGCGCCCAGGCGGUGGCGGACGGGGCCGGCUGCGCUGGGCGGGGCGCAGUCAGCGGGUUCCGCCGACGGGGCGUCUAGACCUCCGCCUCCGUUCCCUCUCCCAAGCACAUUCCCCCUGCCGCUCACCCCCCCUGUCACCCUUACUAGCCAACCACCCAGCACCAGCAGCGGCAGCAGCACCAGCAGCGGCAGCAGCGGCAGCAAGGGAAAGCCGGUGCAGGAGCUGACGGGCGAGGAGGUGAUAGCGCUGCUGCAUCCGCUGAUCGAGGCGCAGCGGUGGCGGCGCAUGGAGCAGGUGGCGGCGGGGCGCACGUUCGCCGUGGUGCCCGUGGUGGAGGGCCUCGCGGACCUCGGGAACGUCUCCGCCGUGUGCCGCACUGCGGACGGGCUGGGGUUCCAAAACGUGCACGUCAUCGCCACGCGCAGCUAUGGGGGGGACGGUGGGGUUAGCAGUGCGAGCAGUGCGAGCAGUGGGAACAGUGGGAGCAUUGGGAGCAGUUGGGGCAGCGGGGGCAGCAUAGAGGAAGAUUAUUUUGGGCUGGAGGGGAGUGACAGUGACGGUGAGAGCAGUGGGUCCAGCGGGAGUGGCAGCGGUAGUGAGAGCGAGAGUGCAGCUGCUGCGUUCUUCGGAGGGAAGAAGAAGAAGGGCAGGAGGAAGGGACCGAGCAACAUGUACCGGCAGAGCUCGCGAGUGAGCGUGGGCGCGGACAAGUGGCUGCACGUGGAGACGUGGGACACCACGGGGGAGUGCGUGGACGAGCUCAAGAGACGGGGGUAUCGCAUCGCCAUCACGUCUCUCUCUGACCGAACAGUGCCUAUAUAUGACGUCGAUUGGACUGUACCCACUGCCAUUGUCUUCGGCAACGAACACAGCGGAGUGUCGGAUGAGAUGCAGCGCGCGGCGGACGUGGUGGUGGGCAUCCCGAUGGCAGGCAUGGUGGAGUCGUUCAACAUCUCCGUCGCCGCUGCACUCACGCUGCACCAGGCUGCACGCAUGCGACUCAGCACCCUGGGCUAUCACGGGGACCUGUCGCCCGCCCAGCAGCGCGUUCUCCUGGCGCACUUUGCCCUGCGCCAUCGCGGCCAUCGCUCACGCAGUGUCGUCGAGCACCUCGUGCUCACCCGCGCCAAGGCCGCUGCACACCAUGCCACCACUGCUGCUGCUGAUAGUGAUGAUGAUGCCGCUGCUGCUGCUGCUGCUGCUGUUGAAAGUGGUUCAGAAGCCAGGGGUGUCCCCGUUACCGGAACCGCUCUUGGCAGCAGUGCACUGGAGGGGGCAGCAGCGCGGAGGGUGGAGGCACAGGAGAGGCAUGUGGGGAAAGAGAGGGGAGUGGGUGCUGCUGCAGUGACGGUUGAUAGGGAUACUGCUGCGGCAAUUGCAGCUGCUGGGCAUAGUGGCAUCCGCUAUGCAGUAGAGGUACCGCCAAUCGGUUGCUGAGGUGGGGAGGUGGGAAGAAGCAUGGCCAUUCGGUUUAUUGAACACUAGGGAAGCUGCUUGUGCUUGUGGCUGGAUGUUACAUACCGUGAAGUCCACUGUGGUGAUGAUGCUUGUACUAGUGUUGUUACUAUUGGAUGAAAGGACCAC